GCAGCCAUUUGUCAAAUGCAACAACAACCGCUGCUGCCUCGCUGGAUGCUGCCAAUUCGAGCAACUAUUUGUAUGAGUACUUGGAGGAGGAGGAUUACAAGCAGUAUGGCCUCUUCAAAAAAGAAGAGGUACUCUCUUUCAGCAGAGUAUUUUUGCCAUCUUUUUAUACUGUGGUCUUCCUGAUCAGGUUGGCCAGGAACGCCCUCCUCUUUAUUGUUCUCAUCAUGUACAUCAAGAAGAAAAAGAAGAUGACCAAGGCGUAUCUGCUGAACUUGGUGGUUUCAGACUUCUUCUUGCUAUUAACCCUUCCUUUCUGGGGUCUGUACAUUUCUCAGUGGGUGACCUGGGACAUAUUGUGCCUGGUGUUAAAUGCCAUGUACAUUGUGAAUUUAUACAGUGGUAUAUUUUUUGUGAGCUGCAUGAGUCUGGACAUAUAUCUGCAGAUAGUUCAUGCUUGCUCUCCUCAUAGCUCCAUGACAUGGAGGAAGUUCAUCCUCAUCUUGUUGGUGGGAUGGGUCCUUUCCAUACUUCUCUCCAUUCCUGAUGGUCUCUUCACCAGCACAACGCAAAUCCACAACGAAACCAUCAUGUGUGCCCAUGAUUAUGGCCAGAAUCACUUAUUUUGGAAAACUGUCUUUCGAGUCAUGCCAAACACCCUGUGUUUCCUUUUUCCCUUCCUUUUCACGAUGUUCUGCUAUUCCCACAUAGUGUGUGUCCUCACUAUGUCUCAGAUGCCUGGCUCAAAGAGGGCACUCUGCUUAGUCCUUACUCUGGUGGGUGUCUUCUUUGUCCUGUGGUCCCCUUACAACAUUGUCCUCAUCCUUCACUCCCUGCAAGAUGUUGGUGUGAUCAGGAGCUGUGAAAGCAGUAGGCAACUGGACUAUGCCAUGCAGAUCAUGGAGAGUUUGUCCUUUGUCCACUGCUGUCUUAACCCCUUUCUAUAUGCUUUUGUGAAAAAACGAUUCAGGUUAUAUUUAUGGAAGAUCCCCCAGGCCAUUUUCAAGAGAAGUGCUUUCUUUGACAUCCAGCCUUCAGAGACAAGCCAGUCUUGCAGCAGAUAUGCAUCUGAGGUAGAAAUGUUGAGUAUCGCAAAUGCAUGA